CUUUUCUAUUCCAUUCUUAUGCAAUGAAUUUUAUUCUUAUUCUUAUACAUAGAUGAGAUACGCAUAACAUAUUGUUCCUCUGUUUUCUAAUAAAUUAAUGUCUAUAUUACCUAAAUUUAAUUUCAUUUAAAAGAAAUUUAAGAUUUAAAAAAAAAAUCACAGCAACAUUGAACAUUAACUAAUAUUAAUUUUAUUUUCAGAAGGAAUCGUGAUUUAAAAUAUAUCACUUGAAGAUGGGAAGCAACAAGGCUUGUUAUGCAAGCUUCGUACUAAAGGUAAUUCUCUGCAGACAUGGGUACUCAUCAUCUUCAUUGAGGCUGAUGAAGAAACUGAAUUUAAAGAGACUUGUGGACACUCUGCUGUGGAUCUUCUUCGUUAGCUGGAAGACACCGACAGCUGCAUUGAAGACGAUACAUCACCCCGACAAUACCACUGCAGAUGAUGAACAGCAUACUGUCACAUCAGAAAGGGGAACUGUGACAGAUCUUGCUGGCCAGGAAUAG